UGCAAGAGCUUCACUUCACCAAGUUGUCUCUCUCUUUCUUCUCUAUUGUCUCUCUGGUGUUUCUCGAUCUUCAUCAUCCAUUACGACAAUCAUAAAGCAUUCGUUUAUAUAAUAGAAAGAUUUCCUUUCGUUUUCUUGCCUGCAUAUUGUCAUGACUAUGAGUUGCUCAACUAGAUUGUUGUCAGAUAGCAAAUGCACAUGGAUUGCUCAGCAAUCCGAGUCUAGGACUAGGAAUUCAUGCUCCAAUGGAAGAAGAACACAAAGAAAAGUAGAUAUAAGAGCCCACUUUGUUGCUUCAAGUUCCACCUCCCCCAUUGAUGGAACUCUCCCUCAGCAAAAGCCCGUCAUGGAAACUUCCCUCACCUGGAGAUCCGAGCCCGACAGGAGAUUCGAGACCCCAAAUCGAGCCUACCCAAAAGUCUUUCCAGGCGAGAAGUCGAAGUUGAAGUUGAAGUCGAAGUCGUGUGGGUGGAACCCAGUCCAGAGGCUAGCGAUGGUGGCUUUGGAUGCGGUGGAGAAGAGUUUUAUUGCUGCGCUAGAGAAAAAGUACCCACUGGCAAAGACCGCCGACCCGGCAAUUCAAAUUGCCGGGAACUUUGCUCCCGUCCCGGAGAGCCUAGUCCAGCAUGAGCUUCAAGUAGUGGGUCAGAUUCCACAUUGCUUGGAAGGAUUCUACGUUAGAAAUGGCGCAAAUCCCCUGUUCGAGCCCCUUUCCGGUCACCAUUUGUUCGACGGGGACGGCAUGGUCCACGCCGUGGGACUAAAGGAAGGAACUGCCAGUUACUGCAGCAGAUUCACAAGGACCCACCGUCUGGUCGAAGAGGAAAAGCUCGGGAGAGCCUUUUAUCCCAAAGCAAUCGGUGAACUCCACGGCCAUUCGGGGAUAGCACGCCUAAUGCUCUACUAUGCGCGAAGCAUGUUUGGCCUGGUGGAUCGGUCCAGAGGCAUGGGAGUCGCAAAUGCGGGGCUCAUUUACUUCAACGGCCGACUUUUAGCCAUGUCCGAGGACGAUUUGCCUUACGCGGUCAGGGUAACCGAGGAUGGCGACUUGGCGACUGUGGGUCGUUUUGAUUUCGAGGGGCAGUUGCAGUCCGCCAUGAUAGCGCACCCGAAGAUCGAUCCGGAGACCAAGGAGCUCUUUGCUCUGAGCUAUAAUGUUAUAAAGAAGCCGUAUCUCAAGUACUUCAUGUUUUCCCCAGAUGGAAGAAAAGGCCCCGAUGUGACCAUCUCUGUCAAGGAGCCGACUAUGAUGCAUGACUUCGCCAUCACUGACAAGUAUAUCGUGGUGCCGGACCAGCAGGUGGUGUUCAAGCUCCAGGAGAUGGUUACUGGCGGUUCACCUGUCAUCUACGACAAGGAGAAAGUUACCCGCUUUGGGAUUUUGCCCAAGUAUGAUUCCGACGAGUCCCGAAUGAAAUGGGUCGAUGUUCCAGAUUGCUUCUGCUUUCACUUGUGGAACGCAUGGGAGGAGAACGACGAUGAAGUCGUCGUCAUUGGGUCUUGCAUGACACCGCCGGAUUCAAUUUUCAAUGAGUCCGAUGCAGCUCUCAGGAGCGUGCUUUCCGAAAUCAGGCUCAAUCUCAAAACCGGCAAGUCCAGUCGCCGUCAGCUUGCGCCGAUGAAUUUGGAAGCAGGGCAAGUGAACAGAAACAAGCUCGGGAGAAAGGCCCGGUAUGCGUACUUGGGAAUUGCAGAGCCGUGGCCUAAAGUUUCAGGCAUAGCGAAGGUGGACCUCGAGGCGGAGUCGCCGGAAAGUGUAGUCGGGAAAAUCGAGUACACAAGGGGAUGCUAUGGAGGUGAGCCAUUCUUUGUUCCCCGGACAUCGAAUCCCGAGGCGCCGGAAGAUGACGGGUAUGUUCUCACUUUCAUGCACAACGAGGAGACCUGGCAGUCGGAGCUGCUCAUUUUGGACGCUAAGUCCCCGACUCUGGAACCGGUUGCGUCGGUCAAGCUGCCGUCGAGAGUUCCAUAUGGUUUCCAUGGCACAUUCAUCACCUCCCAAGAGCUUACCCAGCAGGUGCUGUGAAGACGCCCAGUCUUCCGCUCCUCUGGAUUGGAAUCCUAAGCAAUCUUUUUCAUUUCAGUAUUUUUGUUUUUAUAUAGCGGAUUAGAAUAAUUUGAGGCAGCAGCAUACAUCUAGAUCAUAAAUCGCAGGGGAGAUCCAGUCCGUCAAAGUUGCUCAAGAGUUGAACCUGGUCAGAACAAGCAUUUGAAAGUUUGAAACUUGGGAAUUAUGACAAUUCGAGGUAGUAUACUUCUAAAUCACAAGUGGCAGUCAUGUGUAGGGAUCGAGUCUGUCAAAGUCAUCUAAGAGUUGAAUCUGAUCCGAAGAGAGUUUGAAUCUUGGUGUAUGGUUCCUAUAUCACAUAUCAUCAUCUUCAUCAAUUGAACAUUUCAAGCGAUUUUCAGUUUCGCAAGGCUACUGACAGACCAUGGUUCCUCUGGGUUAGAUGUGUAUUUGUAAAUUUGUUUUAUACUCUAGUAUGCUGAUGUUCUGAUAGAUACUUCUAAACCACAAGUCGCAGUCAUAUACAGGUGAUCCAGUCCAUCAAAGUCAUCCAAUAGUUGAGUCUUAUCUGAAGAGAGUUUGAAUCUUGGUGGACGGCUUCCAUAUAUCACAUAUCAUCCUCGUCAUCAAUUGUGUUCGACCAAUUGAACUACACCAUCCCAAACGACUUUCAAUUUCUCAAAGCUACUGACAACCCAGGUUCCUCUGUAUUUGUAAAUUUGUGUAAUAGUCUAGUAUGAUGGUAUGGUAUGAAUGAGAUAUCAGAGGGACGCUCCAGUGAAGUCCCCGGGUCUCAUUCUCUCUUGUCUGCUAUCUUCUGUAGAUAAUUGUGGAGGUCCAGCUUGUAGCUUUGUAUUCUGUGUUGAAGCUCAGCUGGCUGACUGACUUCCUUUAUAUAUUAUUUUCUUCCUAUAGAUGCAGUGUUCUUCAAGACGCUCUCUAUAUGUCUCUACUGUGUAUGUAUAUAUAAGUUUACUGUAUAUAUAGAUAUAUGUUUUGCAUGUAAAA